UUUAUGAGGCAUGGAAAGCUAAAAGUUUUUCAGGACCCUGGUGUUUCGAAAACUUUGUGCAAUCAAGGUCAUUGAGGCGUGCUCAAGAUGUCAGGAAACAACUUCUCUCAAUCAUGGACAAGUACAAACUGGAUGUUGUGAGUGCUGGGAAGAAUUUCACAAAGAUAAGGAAGGCGAUAGCAGCAGGUUUCUUCUUCCACGCUUCUAGGAAGGAUCCGCAAGAGGGUUAUAGAACCCUGGUUGAGAACCAACCAGUGUAUAUACACCCUAGCAGUGCUCUAUUCCAACGGCAGCCAGAUUGGGUCAUCUAUCACGAGCUUGUCAUGACAACCAAGGAAUAUAUGCGUGAGGUCACUGUGAUCGACCCAAAGUGGCUUGUAGAGCUGGCACCAAGAUAUUUCAAAGUUGCUGACCCCACAAAGAUGAGCAAACGAAAGAGACAGGAGCGCAUUGAGCCUCUUUAUGACAGAUAUCAUGAGCCAAAUUCAUGGAGGUUGAGUAAAAGACGUGCUUAGUCUAUUGUUGCGAUUUCAUCUUACAUAUGUUCAUCUAACUCUAGAGGAAUAUAGGUGUGUUAAGAAGAUGUUGAAACUCGAAAGAGUGUGCUAACUUGAUUUGCUCUUCUGUAGAAGCUUUUCUGUACAAAAAAUGAGUAAGAGAUGUCCAUUUGGGGUUGCUUUUGCCUUGAGGCUAAUUUUCUUUUUGUAUUGUUUUUGUUUGAUACCACAAAGGGAUUUGAGUAAAUUUGUUAUGAAAUACCAGUGGUGGCGAAACAUUCCUUUAUUCUGUUAUCAUGA